AUGUCGUCCCCCGCCCACGUCGUCACCAAGGAUGUCCAGGACCAACUCUUGAAUUUCCGCAAGUGCAGGAGGAAGCCUGGAGAGGUCCCAUACCCAUUUGAAUACUCCAAUGGCAUGGUUGACUUUGACAUUUGGGACCAUAUGUUCUUCGUCAAUAGCUUUCGAAGCCUGACGAUGCACCGGUUCGAACGUCCACCUGAAGUGGUGCUGGACCUGGGCUGUGGAGGGGGUUUCUGGACGUUGGAGGCCGCUAAACAGUGGAAGUCAAGCACGAUCAUUGGCUUUGACAUCACAGACGUCCAGCCAAACCUCCAUGGGUUAGAACACUAUCGUCAUCUCUCACGGCGAGUGAAAUGGGUCCAUGGCAAUCUGUUGGAUGGACUUCCCUUUCCAGAGUCUCAAUUUGACUUUGUAAGGAUAGCUUACAUCGGUCUUGGAGUACCGGAGGAUGAGUGGCAGUUUGUUUUGGAGGCAUGUUCUACUCCCCAUAUGGGCCUGUCACGAUUAAUAACGCUUAAUCGUUUGUGUCCAGGAAAUCUCAAGAGUAAUGAAACCGGGGGCAGUAUUAGAGAGGAGGAUCUUAUCUUCCCUUGCACGACGAUACCGCCCGAGCCCCCGGCGACGCCCAAGCUGGAUCUUGACCUGUCACUGCUUAAUUUUAGUUCGGCCUCUCCCGCUGGUUCGACCCAGGAUUUGAAUACCUUGUCUUCCUUGCCCGACCGGAAACCCCCAGCAUCCCCAUUGAGGACAAAAUUCCAGGAGUUGACAAGAGCCAAAACGUCGUCGAAAAGUAAUCUCGCACACGCUGCCUCGCUUCUCGCCGAGUCCUCCUUCACUUCUCAAGCCAGCUCGGAGAACAGCGUUCAACAAGCUCCGCUAGACAAACACCCUCAAGAUCAUUCACGAAUCAAAGCCUCGUGGGAUGCUAUGCUGGCCUCUCGAUUCCUCACGCCAAAACUCCUCGCUGUCCUUCCAUUUUAUAUCUCUACCUUCUUCGAGGAAGUAAAACCUUAUCCGCCACUGAAAAUUCCACUGCCACCCAACAGCAGCUCUGCGCCGCCGCUUCGCUCACGGCACUCUGCAGACAGCUUUCGUCCGUCAAGCCGCGGCAAUCUCGAUACUCCGUUUGACUUGAAACUCCCUACCAUCUCCCGCUCGACUUCCAAAGCGGAUGGGUGUUCGAUUCGCGCCGUGUGCUCCGUCAAGGAUUUUGUGGGCCCAAGCCAAUGGGCAACAAUACACCUAGCGAAAACGGUGAACACUAUAGUCGCCUGCAAAGGCCCAAUAUGGAAGGAAUACGAAAGGCUUUACAGCGAAGACUUUCUCCUUCACCAAGUCAGUAGCGAGCUGGUCACUGUUCGACAGGUCUUCGAGCGGGACUGGAACAGCUGGCUAAGGUGGGAGUCAUUCCACGUCUUUUAA